UGCACUAAACUCAAUUUUGACAUUUUCACAUUUACAACAAGUGAUAAAACGCUAAAUGGAGAGAUUUUAAUAAAUUUAAUCUAAAUUCAAUGUUUAUGAAAAACCAAUUAUGACCAACCGUACAGAGAUAAUAAUAUUCAUUCAUUAUUUUGAAUUCUUAUAACUUUUAUAAAAAGUUAUAACCUCAAUCGGAAUUUAUGGGGUUUGUGACCGUGGAGGGAUGGAAGAACUAGCCAAUAGCGUCAGUCGCUAACUACCCAGGGUGCGCCGGCCUGUUAUAAGGAACAGUUGAUACGUCACUCGGGGAGGAAUGUUUCGUGCACCCCUGUAGAUGUGAUGAAUACGUGAAUUUGUACAUCGAUAGUGCAGUCUGAAGUCCGGUGAUUGAGCCAACAUAAACAUGUGUUAUGUGUUUACUUGUAUCACGGGCCUUGUAGAGGUUUUACAAAGAUGUGCUCAGUUCGCGAUGGCGAUGUGGCUGUGCCUGGUGGUGUGUCUGGCGCUGCUCGUGGCCUCGGGGCUCGGCGUGGCCUACGGGUACAACUACUCGUUGGCCGAGUACAUCUAUUUGAAGCCGGAAGGGCAAGCGUUCUACAUGCGGCGGGGGAGGCUGGUGAACGAGCGCAAGGUGCCCGGCAUCGCGUACCCCAACCUGGGCUACGACCCGCGCGUCGACCGCUUCUCCGAGAAGAACGCGAAUCCCGAGGGCCAGCCAGGAGGCGCCCCCCCACCCGCCGGCGGCGUCGCGCCGCUCGCUGAUGACGUGUCCACCGAAGACCCCUUCAAGAAACUCAAGAUGCUGCAGAUGCUCACCACCACCAACAAAGAGGAUUUGAUGAGUGACAAUGAAGGACCACCAUUUCCGAAGUUUGGAGAUGAUAAUAAGGAUAACAAAGAAACGCUGAUGCCGACUCCGACGUCUCCACCUGCUUUUAAACCAAAUAAUGAAGCUUCACGGACUACGGAGGUUCAAGCUCCAGCUACACUGAUCAACCCUUUAAUGUUGAGAAAAUUCAAGACUCUGAGCUGGUCUGAUAACAAAAUUGACACGAAUGAACUCCAAGACAAGACGGAGACAGAGAAGGGAACAUUCGAUACACUGGUCGACGAAAAUCUUAGAGUGAGGCCAAAAGAGCAGCCUGACAUUUCCAUGUAUGGGACUUUGGAGAAAAAAGCUAGGCCUGCAAAGGUACAAAAGCCUGUAACACCAGAUACAGAAAUUCCCGAAGAUUUUGGGGUCCGUGGGUUAGAUCGACCGGCCAGGCCCGCUGAAAUCGUCCCUAUAGAGUCAUCAGGCCUGGAUAAUCUAGCAGUGGAACCUAUAAAACUGACUGAGACCCAGGAAAGGUCAGAAUCACAUCCGGAACGCAACAUACCAGCAGAAGGACAAGAACAAGAAGAAGACCAAUGGGAGCCGCAAGAGGUGCAGGAGCACGAGCCAUCUAAAUCAGAAGACUCUGAAGUUUCCUCAUCAUCUGAGGGCUCUAUGCUUAUGAAGAAAUUUGAACCAGUAGACAUAUUUAGCGGGACGAAAGUUAAUGCUUUACAGCGAACACGAGGGCUAGAAGUGGCAUCGACGUACCGAGUGGCAAAGAUAACGACUAUCAGAAACUCAAUGUUACUUCCAAAACUAUCACAGUGAGGAUCUAGCUAAGAGCAUUGGAAUGAUGAUUGCUUCCGGUAUUUUGUAUGCAUCUAUAUCUUUUUAAAGAACUUUGAUAAGUUUUUCGUUUUACAAAAGUUUUUUUUAUAAAUAUUUUUUUUACAAUUUUUUUUAUGGGCCUUUAUAAAUUUAUUACACGCUGCUUUGUUAAGCGUUUUAAUAACUUAUAAGCCAAUUUAUGCUUUUUAUUUACAUUAAUUUUACUUAGCUUUAUUUAGGUUUUAUAUAGAUGGUACAGAUAUUAUUUGUUUAUUGACAAUAAAUAUAAAUUUGUUAUGUGUACGUCGGUACUUGCGUCGACAGGUACUUUAAUUCAAUUAAGUACUUAAUUCAGUUCAAUUUAAAAAAAAUACAUAUUACCUGUAACAAAGGCAUAGUAAGCAAAAGGACAGAUCCUAUUUUUUUCACCUUUGCUGGCUUCGAUCAUAUUGUAUACGCUCGAAGCUUGCUGGCAAUAAAAGCAUGACAUUUAGGGAACCAACAUUUUAUCUUAGUAAUUAAAGAUUGGUAUGUUUUGGGUUGCGUCUGCGCACAAUAUUGCUGUGGUCUUCUUCUCACUCUGUGGACCCAUCUACAACAUUUUCAUCUGAAACGAAACAGGCCAUUACAAUAAUAUUAUUAUCUAGAUUUGCGAACCAACCCGCAGUGGAUCAGUGUGGAAAUGGUCCAAGCUUAGGAAGGGAGUUGAAACUUUGGGAACAUAUACAAAGGUCCCUUUCGAGAGAAACAAGUGUUUAUAAUAAUAGAAUGUUAGAACACUAAG